UGUGGUGGGGUGUAAUCAAACAUUGGAUUCAAGUUUGCUCCGUGUAAGAGGGGAGUUGUUUUUGGUAGAACAUGUCCUGGCUGUUCGGCUGGAGAAAAGGGUCUUCCGGUCCGCCCCCAGAUUCUGCAGCCCCACCAUCAACCCCUUCUGCAGACGGGGAUUCGGGGGGAUCCGGCGGAGAUAAACCCAAGGACAAAUGGAGCAACUUCGAUCCGACGGGGCUGGAGCGGGCUGCGAAAGCGGCCAGAGAACUGGACAAGUCGCGACAUGCGAAGGAGGCGCUGGACUUGGCCCGUCUGCAGGAACAGACUUUGCAACUGGAGCACCAAACCAAGCUGAAGGAAUAUGAAGCAGCCGUGGAGCAGCUUAAGGGGGAGCAAAUCCGCUCCCAAGGGGAGGAGAGGAGGAAGACGCUCAACGAGGAGACCAAGCAGCACCAAGCGAGAGCACAGUACCAGGACAAACUGGCCAGACAGAGGUACGAUGAUCAGUUGAGGCAGCAGCAAGCCCUCAACGAGGAGAGUCUGCGCAAGCAGGAAGAAUCUGUGCAGAAACAGGAAGCCAUGAGGAGAGCGACUGUCGAGCACGAGAUGGAGCUGAGGCACAAGAACGAGCUGUUGCGGGUGGAGGCCGAGGCCAAGGCGCGCGCUCGCGUGGAACGCGAAAACGCUGAUAUCAUCCGAGAACAAAUCCGCCUGAAAGCCGCCGAGCACAGACAGACUGUCCUGGAGUCCAUCCGGACUGCAGGUGCUGUGUUUGGGGAAGGUUUUCGAGCCUUCGUGUCAGACUGGGACAAAGUCACAGCGACGGUGGCAGGAUUCACCCUGCUCGCAGUGGGUGUGUACUCUGCUCGGAAUGCUACAGCCGUGGCAGGGCGCUACAUUGAGGCGCGACUGGGAAAGCCCUCGCUGGUUAGAGAGACAUCAAGAAUCACCGUUGGGGAGGCAAUCAAGCACCCAGUAAAGAUGAUGAAACGCCUGACCAGUAAACCCCAGGAUGCUCUGGAGGGAGUGGUGCUCAGUCCAUCUCUGGAGGAGCGUGUGCGUGAUAUCGCUAUCGCCACGCGAAACACCCGGAAGAAUCGCGGGCUCUACCGCAACAUCCUCAUGUACGGCCCGCCUGGGACCGGCAAGACGCUGUUUGCCAAGAAGCUGGCUUUGCAUUCUGGGAUGGAUUACGCCAUCAUGACCGGAGGGGACGUGGCGCCUAUGGGCCGAGAUGGCGUGACCGCCAUGCACAAGGUCUUUGACUGGGCCAAUACCAGCCGACGCGGCCUUCUGCUCUUCGUAGACGAAGCUGACGCAUUCCUACGCAAGCGAGCCACUGAGAAGAUCAGCGAGGACCUCAGAGCCACCCUGAAUGCAUUCCUCUACCGUACCGGAGAACAGAGCAACAAGUUCAUGCUGGUGCUAGCCAGCAACCAGCCGGAGCAGUUUGACUGGGCCAUAAACGACCGCAUUGACGAGAUUGUAAACUUUGCUCUGCCGGGGUCAGAGGAACGGGACAGGCUCGUGCGGCUCUACUUCGACAGAUAUGUGUUGGGUCCUGCCACUGGGGGGAGACAGAGGCUGAAGCUGGCCCAGUUUGACUACGGCAGCAAGUGUUCAGAGAUCGCAGAGAGGGUCGAGGGCAUGUCGGGCCGUGAGAUCUCCAAACUGGGCGUGGCCUGGCAGGCUGCAGCGUACUCCUCUGAGGAUGGGGUCCUGACUGAGGCCAUGAUUGACGCCAGGGUUGCGGAUGCUGUUCAACAACACCUGCAGAAGAUGGACUGGCUGUACAGGGAAGGGUUCCCAGAAAGUGGAGGCAAGAUUGGUAUCACACUACCAAAGGAGACGGGUGCAGAUCCUGCAGGCCUGGGCUUCACAGUGGCCCAGGGGGCAAUUCCCCAGGCUCAGGAGAUAAGUGGGGGCGAAAUGGGGCUUCCGUUACCUCAGGAGGUGGUGAUCCCACUUGUGCAGGCAGCAAUGCCACUUGUCAAGGAGGCCGAGGUUGAGGCUGCCCCCGUCGUCAAGGAGGCCGAGGUUGAGGCUGCCCCCGUCGUCAAAGAGGCCGAGGUUGAGGCUGCCCCCGUUGUCAAGGAGGCUGAAGCUGAGGCCGCCCCCGUCAUCAAGGAGGCUGAAGCUGUCCCCUCAGAGGCAGAGGCUGCCCCAGUUGUUGCCGAGGCUGAAGCUGCCAUCGUCAAGGAAGCCGAGGCCACUGCCGAGCCAACCCCUGUCGUCGGCGAGGCCGCUGCUGAGGCUGUCGCUGAGGCAACCCCCGUUGUCGCCGAGGCCGCUGCUGAGGCAACCCCCGUUGUCGCCGAGGCCGCUGCUGAGGCAACCCCCGUUGUCGCCGAGGCCGCUGCUGAGGCUGUGGCUGAGGCAACCCCUGUUGUUGCCGAGGCCGCUGCCGAGGCAACCCCCGUUGUAGCUGAAGUAGCUGCUGAGGCUGUCGCCGAGACAACCCCCGUCGUAGCCGAGGCCACUGCCGAGGCAACCCCCAUUGUAGCUGAAGCUGCUGAGGCGGGCACCGAGGCAACCUCUGUCGUAGCCGAAGCCGCUGCCGAUGCCAUCGCCGAGGCAACCCCCGUCGUAGCCGAAGCUUCUGCUGAGGCAACCCCUGUCGUAGCCGAAGCCGCUGCCGAGGCUGUCGCUGAGGCAACCCCUGUCGCUGCUGAGGCCGUCGCCGAGGCAACCCCCGUUGUAGCCGAGGCUGCUGCCGAGGCCGUCGCCGAGGCAACCCCCGCCGUUGCCGAGGCCACUGCCGAGGCAACCCCCACUGUAGCCGAGGCCGUUGCUGAGGCAACCCCCGCUGUAGCCGAGGCCGGCGGCGAGGCAACCCCCACUGUAGCCGAGGCCGUUGCUGAGGCAACCCCCGCUGUAGCCGAGGCCGGCGGCGAGGCAUCCCCCAUCAUAGCUGAGGCUGUGGCUGCCCCUGCUGCUGCUGAAGCUGCCACUGAGGCCGCUGCUGCCACCUCUGAGGCCGCUGCUGCCACCUCUGAGGCUACCCCCAUUGCCAAGGAGGCUGAAGCUGCCCCUGCUGUUGCUGAGGUCGAGCCUGCCCCUGUCACCAAGGAGCCUGAAGCAGAAGCUGCUCCCACUGCUGCUGAGGCUGAGGUUGCCCCCGCCCCCACUGCUGAGGCCGAGGCUGCCCCUGUCACCAAGGAGCCUGAGGCCGAGGCUGCCCCCGCCCCCGCUGCUGAGGCCGAGGCUGCCCCUGUCACCAAGGAGCCUGAGGCCGAGGCUGCCCCCGCCCCCGCUGCUGAGGCCGAGGCUGCCCCUGUCACCAAGGAGCCUGAGGCCGAGGCUGCUCCCACUGCUGCUGAGGCCGAGGCUGCCCCUGUCACCAAGGAGCCUGAGGCCGAGGCUGCUCCCACUGCUGCUGAGGCCGAGGCUGCCCCUGUCACCAAGGAGCCUGAGGCCGAGGCUGCUCCCACUGCUGCUGAGACUGAAGCAACCCCUGUCGUAAAGGAGGCUGAGGCCGAGGCUGCUCCCACUGUUAAGCAGGCUGAGGCUGCUGUACCCCAAGAGGAUGUCACUGCGCCGAAGGCAGAGGGGACUGCACAUGAGGCCAAGCCGGAAGAUUCCGCUUCCCCAGAGGGCAACACGCCACCUCAGGAGGAAAAAGCAAGCUGGUGGAGAGGAUGGUCAGGCAAAGGUAGCAAGCCCCCAAAGGACGGAACAUCUAACUGAAUGGUGAAGGGAGCGGAGGACAGCACAGGACUGGAUAAGCUGAGAUGGAAGGAGAUGGGUUUGGUAGGCAGAUGAAAAUUGUACUGUGGCUGUUGUUCGGUUAUAGUGAUUGAAGUGUUGUGGUUACUCACUGUUUCAUCAGAUUCUGUCUGGGGGUCCAUCAGGGGAAAGGGAAAAUGUUUCAUGCUUUUUUUUCCAUUCUGCACACAUUUUGUGAAACUUUGAGGACGUUUCGGGAGAGAAAAUGUGAACUGUCGCUGGUUUUAAGAGGUUUCCAUACCUCUUCCAUUUUCUGUUGUUAACCAUUUCUGCCUCAGCUGUUCCAGUCAGCAAACACCCAACCCUUGUUGUGCACAACUUCAACAUUAUGAAGCCAAGGCUGCAACCUUAAAGCACUGAGAAACACCUAGCUUACCACUGCCCCCAAAGUCCCUGUCGUGAACCAUAUGUGUUCUAGUCUGGAAUGGAUCCAAAAUGAGAAUAGCACUUCUUUCUUUCAAGAGUGGGCUCCUACUGCUCUUCAGAUUAGCAUUGAGUUUGUACCCCUUUCACUACUUCAGAAAGAGAAGGUAGUCUUUAUCCUACAGUUCUGUAGACUGAGUGAAAACUGUAAACCGUCACCCUUUAAAAAAAUCAGGCCGUGGUCAUUUUGACCUGUCACAGCCCUUCUCCAAGUUGGGCACAGUGUUUCAAAAGGUUGCACACAUGGCCAGGGAUUUUGGGGGAUCGAGUUGAGUUUUGCAUUUUUCAGGUUGACAGUAACCUGUCUGCAUUACAAAGGGUAUUGGAAAGAACUUUCAAGUGCAAGAACUUACAAAUGCCUUAAAUGUGAUCUCCAGGCAUGGAGCCACAGAACUUUUCCUAAAAAUGGCCUGGUCUAUUGUAACAAUAGGAGGCAUGUAGAAGCCGCCGCCUAAUAGAAUAUUUCCAGGUCAGGGAAGAGUGCUUGACCAGUAGUAGUUUCUUCAGGUUCUUUACAUACUUGGAAAAACAUUUAUGUUCAA